AUGGAAGUUUCUGAAGAUAUCACCUUAGCUACGCAUAAAGCAAAUUGCUUUCGAGGUCUAGUACGCGUGCGUCUUGACUGUCUACAAUUUGAACACCAGCUGUUCUUGAACAAGCAUCGCGAAGCAUCUCCUCAAAAUGUUCGCAGACUCCAAAAGAUCUUCGAAAAGACUGGAUGCCUGAGACUUCAAGAUGAGAAUGUUAUUGAUGCCGUCGUAGAGGAUGCGCGUCUCGACGCAGCGCUACGUGCUAUUGGUCUUUCUAUUGAAGCUCUACAGAAGGUCCGCUCGCCAAAAGACGCUCCAACUUUACACCUCAGAGAACUGAAAUGUCUCAAUGGAUUGCAUCGCAUAAGAGCAGCGGAUCAGUUCCUGGAUGAGAAUGACAAGUGGUGGGUCGUGAGAUUGUUCUCGAGUGAAUCUCCAACUCCUAUUCUCUUUCACAUGGUUGAUUCAUAUAUAAACGAACAAAAGCCGUCAGACGGUGAAAUUUUUCGCAGGAUACGGUUGUAUCGCCUAGAAAACAAAGUCGAAGCAGAAAGAAAAUGGUGGGCAAGGCUUGACAAUUCAAAACCUAAGGAUCUUCGCCAGCUGUUCAAAAGGAGGGAGAUUAUAUCUGGAUUUGACAGGCUCCUUGAAAUGCCAGGCCUAUGGGCGAAAGUACAGCUUGGUGCUCUCCAUAGACUUCUUACCUUGAAGUGCGACGAGGAGAUGGCAAACUAUCUUAGCCACAUAUCAAAGGUUUGGACAAAGAUUUUGACUUGUAGAAACGUUACUCUGCCAUUUUCUGCGGUCGAUACGAUUACUGUAGAAAGUCUCGAGUCAUUAGCACCUAAGCAUUCUUCCAUUGACAAGGCAUAUGUUCUUGAUCUGUUCAAGCGAAACAUAAUAUUUCCUUCCCAGUUGGAUAGUGGAAUUCGUCAGGAACUAGCAGAAAACGUAUGCGCUUCUGAGGGCCUUAUACCAUCGCUUUGGACAUUCUUCGAAACACUCAAAUAUAUCGAACCCAUAUGUGAGAUAUUGAAGAAACUGGUGGGCAGUAACAUGAGGCGUACUAUACGAUCGAGUUUAAUGGGCCACUACUUUCCCCCGGAGAGGAGACAUAUCCAAGUUUCAAAACUCAGAGAGGCUGAGAUCACAUCAUUAUUGAGUCGAGAGGAAGCGGCCUGGAUCUCAUACGUGGAAUUGUGGGCCUUCUGUGGUCGUUAUUUCGCCAAGCUUACUUCCUUUACACCAAAAAAGGAGAGCGGUGAAGUGAAACCCGUAGUAGAAGGACCAAACCCAGUGCUCUGGAGACACCUGGCAAACUUCUCUGUCUCGCGUGGCUUCAAGACAAAGCCUGCUGAGAAGUUGGCGAAUUCCGAUCCUUAUACUGAGCUCGCUCACGAAUAUCUUCGUAAAUCAAGCCCAUUGUCCUCACUAUCUUGUGAAAGACAAAUUCAGGAGGUCUUACGCGCUAGCCGAAUAGUGGACGAUGAUUCACAGCAGCCACAGUCAGUAUUGUCUGGUCACUUAGAGAAAGAAAGGCGAAGUGGUCGACCUUAUGAGAACGUCUUGCGUAUGGAUGAGCGGAACCUAUAUCUCCCAAACAUAUAUAAUAGCGAGGAACCUGUGGAAGCUAAUUGGACAUUGAUACGACGCGACAUGUUCCAUUCUCUUUUUGGGAAACUUGUUGUCAAGGUACGGAUAGUGGCUGGGACUAUACAUUUCGUAUAUCUGACAUGUAGUAGCACAGUGAUAUUCAGCACCCUAUAUUUGUAA